AUGACCCACUGCAGUGACAGCGAGGAGCGGAGCGACGACGAUGCAGAGCAACCCAACAAGAGGCAGAAGAAGAGAAGCAAAGAGAGAAAACAUGUGUCCUUCCCGCCUGAUGAGCAGAUAGUUUCUGGCUUUGCGGAGCACAGAGACACUGACAGAAAGGCCGACAGCUGCCUCACCUUGACAGAGGUAACGGUGGCCUACCAGCAGAGCUGCAGCACACACCAGGUCCAACCCCGAGCGCACAUCCUGCAGCAGCUCCAGCAGGGUGUGUGUGUAGGUGGCAACGUGGAAAGUCUGGAUCUCAAAGGUGAGCGAUUAGACCACCGCUCCUGUGAAGCUCUGGAAGUCGUCCUGAAAUCGCUACACUUUGAUUUCAUCAAUCUGCAGGCAGCCCAACUGGAAGAAAAUGGAGCAUCGUCCUUGCUGGAUAUGAUUUUGUACUAUGAAUCGACAACACAUCUUGACGUUUCUGACAACAGCAGCAUGGGAACAUCGGGUUGGAGGGCUCUCGCUCAUUUGAUAAAGCAGAGUGUCCGUCUGUCCAGGUUGGAUCUGUGUAACGUGCCCUUGGUGGACUAUCCGGUCCAGGCUCUCGCGAAGGCUCUGCUGACCAGCCGGCUCGCAGUGCUUCACCUCGAUAAUGCCCAGCUCAGCGGCGUGCCACUGUACACACUGGUUGGCGUGCUGAAGACAAACCGGGCUUUACGGGAGCUUCACCUCACCAGCAACGUGUUGAAUAGCUACCAGGAUGCCUUGCAGCUGGGAGAGCUGCUUCGAUACAACACCACUUUGCAAACGCUGGAGCUAAGCAGCAAUACUUUAGCAGAUGCAGGUUUUGAGGAGCUGUGUGAUGGUCUGAGGAGGCAGACGUCAGGUCUGAGGGUCUUAUCGCUGAGGAACAACAGCAUCACUGUGAAAAGCAUGGGCCAUCUGGCCAAAGCUUUGCCGGCGCUGAAGGUCCUGCAGGUCCUGGAUCUGAGCGAGAACCUUUUGGGGGACGAUGGGAUGCAGGUCAUCAGGGAGCCGCUGAUGCUCAACUGCACUGUGCUGCAACUCGGCCUUUCCCAAACUAGCAUCACAUGUGAAGGUGCUGUGGCGUUGGCGGAGGUGCUGGCGGAGAGCCGUCACAUUCAGAGGCUGGACCUCCGUCGGAACGAGGUGAAGGUUGGAGGCCUGAUGGCUCUGAGUCUGGCGAUGAGGAUCAACCGGUCUCUGGUGUGUCUGGAUUUGGACCACAAAUCCCCACAAGAACAGGACGAGUUUUUAAAGGAGACUCACACCAGGCUGCAGACCGAGAUCGCCCAGCGCUGCCUUGCCAACGCGAAUCGUUUCGACCUCACAUCGGGAAACGCCGAAAACUCGAGCGACAAGGACCUUCAGUGA